AUGUGGAAUGUUCAUUCAAGAUUUUUGGCACGAACAGUUUGGGUUCGUAACGGUGAAGUAGAUUUAGCUUAUCGAGCUUUAAAUCGAGUUUUAAAUAAUGAAGAUGUAUUUAAAACAGCUCGUUUAUGGGAACGAUACGAAAAACCAUUUCGAAAACGUGGUCGACUUUGUUAUGAAAAAGCACAUGAAAUUUAUAAUAAUGAAAUGGAACGAAAAAUUAAUGUUGUUCUUCUGGCUUUUCUGGCUUCCAUUGGCCUUACAUUACUCAUCUUAGGUUGUACUUUCGCUCAAUAUAAUUGGUGGCCAACAUUUGUAAUUAUAUUUUACGUUCUUGCUCCAAUUUCAAUAGCCAUUGGACGUCGCUGUACAUCCGAUGGUGGCUAUACUUUACGAGAUUCAAGUCCAUGUGCAGAUUUAAUGUGGUUUAUAACAAGUGUUAUUGUUGUUUCGGCAUUUGGUUUACCAGCGGUUAUGUAUCAUGCAACUGUUAUUCAAGUUGGUUCAAUGGCUUUUAUAAUGUCAGCUAAUCUGGUUAUAUUUACAACGAUUACAAUUUAUUUCAUGACAUUUGGAUCUGAUGAUAGUUUACCUAGUUUUUAA